AUGCCCAUUGACCUCGGGCUAGCACGAGUUUCGAAACUUCUUUCCCAUUUCAACAAUCCUCACCUCAAAUACAAGUCUAUUCAUGUUGCUGGUACUAAUGGGAAAGGCUCGACAUUAGCAUAUAUUUCCUCCAUAUUAACUCAAAGUCGAAUACGCAAUGGAAAGUUCACUUCCCCACACUUGGUUGAUAUCAAUGACUGUAUCACGAUAAAUAAUGAGACAUACCUGCGAAGUUUCUUUGACACUGUGAACAAAAGCGUGGUGCAAAUCGAUAAAGAACUACAACUUAAAUGUACCGAAUUUGAACUCCUCACAGUAACUGCAUUGCGUAUCUUCGAGCUUGAAAAGGUCGAUAUUGCAUUGAUUGAAGUUGGAGUGGGCGGAAGGUUGGACGCCACUAAUGUAUUAACAUCGUUUUAUCAGGAGGAUGCGAAUGGAAACAGUCCGACUGGCGGAGUAAUUGCAACAGCCAUCACCAAGAUUGGCAUGGACCAUGAAAAAUUAUUAGGCGAUUCUCUUGAUAAAAUUGCCAUGGAGAAAGCGGGAAUAAUGAAACCACGAGUGCCAUGCUUUGUUGAUUCUCUGAAUACAUCCUCUGUUCUCAGUGUACUUUGCCAAAAUGCAGAGACUGUGGGAUGUCCUUUUGAGGCUGUAACUCCGGGCAGUGAGGACAACGAUUUGAUAGAUUUGAGUCCUUUGAAAGGCGACUACCAAAUUCACAAUUUAUCAUUAGCAUUGAGAAUUAUCAGAUCCAUCAAACAUAGCAACAUCUCUUUGGAAAGCAUUGCUCAGGGUAUAAGACAAACAAAUUGGCGAGCUAGACUACAACAUUUGCAAAUUAACAAAACCUUUAGUGUUUUACUUGACGGAGCACAUAAUGAAAGUGCAGCGAUUGAACUAGGGAAAUAUGUUCGUGAUCAUUACAAUGGAAAACCAAUAACAUUUAUUAUCGGAGUCACUAGGGGUAAAGAUUUGAACGCAAUGUUGAAACAUUUGGUCAAACCACAAGAUACAGUUAUUCCCGUAAAAUUUCUGCAGCCUGACCAAAUGCCAUGGAUAAAGUGUGAAACACCAGAAAACAUUGCGAAAAUAGCCAAAACACAUUGUCAAGUAGAUGAUACGCUUCAAAGUCCCUCCAUCGAGGAUGCUGUAUCAUAUAUAAAAACCAUUGAGGAGCAGCAUGGCUUAUUGUCGCCAGUUGUAAUAUGUGGCAGUCUUUACUUGUGCAGUGACGUAUUAAGAGCAUAUGGGAAAGGUUACAAGCCAAGUGAUUGA